AUGUGUGUCAGACAUAUAUAUGGAAACGUGAAGGGCAGACAUGGGAAGAAGACUGAGCUGAAGAAACUAAUUUGGUGGCUUGCAUGGAGCUAUAACGAGGCAGAAUAUAAGGAAAGGCUUGACCGUGUGUUCAACUAUGAUUCAGAGGUAUUUGAAGAUGUUAUGAAGACAAAUCCAACUUCUUGGGUAAGAGCAUUUUACAAGAUAGGCAAUUUCUGCGAGGAUGUUGAGAACAACUCUACAGAAUCUUUCAACAGCUCUAUAGUUCAAGCGAGAGAGAAGCCCUUAGUUCCGAUGUUAGAAACAAUUGCGCGUCUGGCGAUGGUCCGUAUAGCUGCUAGAGAUGUUAAAGCUACCGAACACAAACACAUAUGUACUCCUUAUGUGAUUGAGUAUCUUCAAGAGGAACAUAAUAAGGCUGCAAACUUAGAGAAGAGAUCAUGUAGUUGCAUGAAAUGGGAUAUCACAGGAAUCCCAUGUGAGCAUGGAUACGGUGUUAUACUCCAAAAGAAACUAGAAGCUCAAGACUUUGUCUGUCACUGGUUCCGGACAUCAACGUGGAGAAAGACUUAUGAAGAGGGUAUAAUUCCGAUAAGAGGAGCACGGUUCUGGCCAAGUUCAUCAGCUCCAUCAGUUCAUCCAGCCCCUGAUCCUGAUCAACCUGGCCGCAAAAAGAAGAAUGCGAAGGAGAAGAGGAAGAAAGGUGUUAAUGAGUCGCCAGUGAAGAAGAAAGCUAAAACUCUGAAGCGAAUAAUGCAUUGCGGAAUUUGCGGUGAGGCCAACCACAACUCUCGGUUCCAUAAAAAGGGUCAGAAGGAUGGAACAUCACAAAUCAAAGCUUCCCAAGGGCCAGCUGCUCAAGAGAUCUAG